AGGGUCGCUCAAGGAACGAGAAAUUCCAACAGGAAGACUAGCGUACCGGGUCCAAACUCGGGGCCAAGAGUCGUUAAAGUGAGGACGUCGGUUCCGUCUGUUUUGACGUUUAUGAUUGGCAACUUGAUAUUGUCUUGUUUUCUUCCGCUUCGCCGUUCGAAGGCGAGAAGCGUAUACAUUCGACGUCCCGAGCGCCCAGGCGCAUAGGUUAAUUGAAAAACGGGAAAAAGCAGUAGACGAGACGGUCGGGAUCUAUCUUUGCCGGACCGGCGCACCACUAGAACAGGCUUAACGGACGCCUGAAUUUGUAAUGAACUUGCUACAGUACAGAGUAACGUUCACCAUGUCUUCGCAUUGGCAAUCUACUGUGGCAAAUAUCGUUCCAGCCGGUCGGCUGUUCGGUUAUGGUUCGGUUUACAAAGAUAGUCACGACUUCCCCAAUCUCCACCAUCACAAAAUGAUCCCCACAGCUGGUGGUAGUGAAGAAUACGACACAAUCUUUGUUGGAGGUGGGCUCAUAGGCAGCACUGGUGGAUGUGUAACUGCAGGACGUCUCGCCGCCGCUGAUCCGUCGCUCAAGAUACUGGUCCUCGAGGCGGAGCCUCACAUUCGCGAUGCUCCAGAUCAUAUUCAGCCUGCUCGUUACUUCAGCUACUUGGUCCUCGCAAAGGAAACCUUUACCUUCCAUGUUGGAAAGCCCUGCAAGUCUAUCUUUCGUCCAUCUCCCAUUGUUCCUUCCGAGAAAUGUGUUGGGGUCGGGUCGGGCGUCAACUGUACGGUUUUGCCUCUGAUCCUCAAUACGGAGUUGACGUUGAUGCACUGUCAAUCGUCAUGUAUAUAAGGGCAUCUGCAUCGGAUUAAAAUGACCGGGAGAAUUUUGGGAAUGGGACUCAGAUGACUUGAUUCCCUUGGCAAGCAAAUGUGGCACCGGUCGUACUCAUGGCACGAGUUAUAGAACAAUAUCUUGCUAUCACAGCGAAAUACGAUUAAGACCGUGGUCUCACUGAGGAAUGCAAUAA